AUGGCACUUCUGGAGACACUUGGUCAUCCCUACCUGAAGUCCCUGGCCCAUCGUGGCUACAUUCAGGGCACCACUCUGCACUCCAAAGCAACUAACCAGCCCCUAUGUCACUACUUCGGAUCUGUCCGAUAUGCCCUUCCUCCUCCUGAAAGAUGGCGCCGGGCACAGAAGCUCCCCCAGUCCUAUUCCUACGGCACCAAAGACCAACCCGCCCCAUGCGACCAAGACGCUGCUGUCUGUCCGCAGCCCAGCUUCAUGGGUCGCCCGUACACGAAGGGGUUCACAGAGGACUGCUUUGAAGCCAGCGUGUGGGUACCGCUGGGAGAGCCCCCCAAGGAAGGCUGGCCGGUUCUUUUUUUCAUCCACGGAGGCUGGCUACAAUUCGGCCACCCGAACGGAUUCUCGGCCGCAGCUCUAAUAGGCGAUGCUGGACUCAACGCCAUUGUCGUCCUUCCAGCCUACCGGCUGAACGUAUUCGGUUUCUUAUACUCCUCGGAGAUCGAGAAGGACGCCGCCUCUGUAGGCGAAACAGCAGGCAACCACGGCUUCUGGGACCAGCGUCUAGCCCUAGAAUGGACGAGGGACAACAUCAGCCUCUUCGGCGGCAACCCAUCCCAAAUCACCGUCUCCGGAUACUCAGCCGGCGCCUACUCAACAUUCUACCAACUCGCCUACGACCUCCAAUUCCCCGCCUCCCAAGCAAUAAUCAAACAAGCCUGCAUCUGGUCCAACGCCGCCGCCGUGCAGCCCAAGUCUCCAGCCUCCGCCCAAGAACAAUUCGAUCAACUCCUCUCGGCCCUAAACAUCCCCAGCACCCUCCCCUGGGCCGAAAAGAUCUCCCAUCUGAGGUCCCUCCCCUCCCAAACCCUCCUCGACGCCGCCAUGAGCGUGCAACUAAACCAAUACCGCCCGACCUCCGACUCAGCCUUCAUCCAACCCACCCUCUUCAAAUCCCUAGACAGCGGGGCCUUCGCGCGCACCCUCUCCGCACGCAACAUCCGCAUCAUGCUCGGCGAAUGCCGCGACGAGCGACACCUCUACGCCGCCUGGUUCCCACCACAAGCCGACAGUCUCCCCGCUCUCCAUUCCAGACUUCUCGCAGAUUAUCCGCGCCACGUCGUAGACACGCUGAUGAAGCUUCACUACCCGGACGGCAAGUUACCAUCGUGCUGCGAGAACUGGGACAAUGAUGCCUUCGGGCGGGUGUAUGCCAAGAUGCAGGUGCAUGAUAUGCAGCGCGGGCUGAUUCAUGCUCUUGCUAGUGGCGGGGCGGGACAUUUGCUUUAUCGGUAUCGGAUUGAGUGGCGGGCCAAGUGUGUGGAUGCCAAUAUUCCGCCCGACUGGGAGGUUACGCAUUCGAGUGAUUAUCCGAUUUGGUUCUGGGGGAAUGGGCAUGUGUUGGAGCCGGAGGAGAAAGGUGUUAUUCGGCGGGCUUUGAUUGAUCCGUUUAUUGGGUUUGUUCAUGGGGAGGAUGUGAAGUGGGGUACGACGCAUCAUCGGGAGAUGAGGACUUUGAAGCCUGAUGGAUCGGUUGAGAUUGUACAGGAUACUGCGCUUUGGGAUGAGGCGAUGCGCGUCUGGAAGGCGUUGCGAGAGGUGGGAGAACCGGAGGCUUCUGCUGCGAAGCUCUAA